CACCAAAUAUCCACGCCAAACGCAGUCGAUUGGAACAAAUUGCCUAUAGUUUUGUUUUAUCACCAUCUCUCAGAGACACAAGAGAGUAGUAGAAGAAGAAGAAAUGGGAGGCAACAUGUCACACCUUCAAGACUCGGAUGAAUCUUCACAUGGACACGAGUCUCGCAUCGUGGCCUUGCAUUCCAAGGGUCAAUGGAACACCCACUUCGCUGCCUUCAAAGACAGCAAUAAACUGAUGGUGAUUGAUUUCACGGCUACAUGGUGUGGACCUUGCAGAGCCAUGGAGCCAAUCUUGAGAGACUACGCUGAUAAAUUCACUGACGUUGAGUUCGUCCAGCUUGAUGUCGACGAGCUACCGGAUGUGGCAAGGGAGUUUGGGGUGCAGGCAAUGCCUUCAUUUGUAUUCAUGAAGAAAGGGGAGGUGGUGGAUAAGAUCGUGGGGGCUAGGAAAGAUGAACUGCAGAAGAAGAUUGAGAAACACAGGAGAUCAUAAUUAAUCGAAGGAUUAAUUAACUGAUGCUGUGACUAAACUAAAGCUCGAUUGGGAAUAUGAUGAUGUGACACCAACGCGUGAGAGUGGAAGAAAUAAAGCGAAAAAUAAAUAAUAUAACAAGGUCGCAAGUAGUUUGGUUGAAUUGGCUUUUUAUGUUUUGUUAAAGUUUUGUUGGAUUGAAAACCUCAUAAAUAUUAUCUCGAAUGUACUUUUUGAUAUGAGAAUUGUUAUUGGAACUUUAAAAAUCUUAUUCUACACUCUAAUCUUUCUAUAUUUAGAAAGAAAAAUAUACUUGUGAGGAGUGUAGAAUAAGAUUUUUGGAGUGCCAAUAACACUUCCAUUUAAUAUUUGUAUUAUUAUAAUAAAAACAUUAUCGUUUUGUUUAAAAAAGGUGCAGACUAAAUAAGAGUGAUUGUGUAUUCUUUAA